AUGGAAAUCCGGCUUUUCCCGCUAAGAAUCUCGCGCAUCGGCAUCAUUCUUCACGACUCCCUCUUGCAUCUGCAAUUGAACCUCAUAGUUCGUUCGCACGACAGCCACAUUCAAGAUGCCUUCUCCCGUGAGUUCGAACAAACUGCUGAACGACUUGCUGCCGCCCGUGUCGGUACUCUGUACCCUACCUACCGCAGCAAGUUCGGUCCCAAGUACAACACCGUCCCCAACGUUGCCGGAUGGACCGUUAGCCAGGUCGUCAAGCUCGGUCUCCGCGCCGGUGGUUUCGGUGCUGCCGCUGGUGUUGCCGCCCUCUUUUACACCUCCGGCAUUCCCAGAAUACAGAAGGACAUCCUCCAGGCAAGCAGCCCCGAGCUCGCAAGAUAA